AUGGCGAGUGCGGACGAACUGCGCGCGUACUACGCACAUGUGAUAGACCAGCACUUCCUGCCGACCGGACGGGUGCGCCACUUCCCCUGCAGCGAUCACUCCAUCGGCCCCGACGGCCAACACGUCAUUACCUCGCGCCUCACCGGUGCGGUUCAAGAGGUACGUGUGCGGCGCAAGCUGGUCGACACUGGCUAUCUAGAAGGACGCAUACCCGCCACAAGCCCGCCGCCCUUCGACGUGGCCGAGGGCGUGCGCUGCGUACCUGCGGGCGAUAUUGCUCGUUUGACCGAGCGGCCCGAGCGUUAUGUGGUCAUCGGGACAGGCAAAACUGCGUUGGACACCUGCAUCUGGCUUUUGUCGCAUGGCGUCUUGGCGAGCGCCAUCCAGUGGGUCAGACCGCGAGAAGGCUGGUGGCUGAACCGGCGCUUUUACCAGCCGGGGGAAGGUCUGCCAAACUUCUUUGCGGGGGUCGGCUUGCAGCUCAAGGCCAUGGCGCAGGGCACUUCUGUGGAUGACGUAUUCGCACGGCUCGAGGCCGAAGGCCUCUUCCUGCGGGUGGACACCGGGGUGGUGCCCACCAUGAGCCGCGGGGCCAUGAUCAGCGAAGCGGAGUUGGACCUGUUACGCCAGAUCGAAGACGUGGUGCGAAUGGGGCAUGUGCGCCGCAUCGACCGUGACCGCAUCGUGUUUGACGGUGGCUCGGUGCCCACCGGGCCCGGGACGCUGCAUGUGCACUGCGCUGCCGUCGGCCUGGCGCGUCCGGCGCUGCGGCCAGUCUUCGAACCCGAUCGGGUAACCCUCCAGCCCCUGUUCUGGGGCUUUGCCUGCUACCCGGCCGCCCUGCUGGGCGUGAUCGAAGCCACCAUCGCCGACACCGCCGAGAAGAACCGCGUGUGCCCGCCGAUCCGGUACUGGGACGAGCCGCGCGACUACCUGUCGACCUACCUCGCGCGGAUGGCGCACGACCGCGCGUGCGCGUCUCACCCUACCGUGGUGGCAUGGACAAAGAGCAGUCGGCUCAACCCCAUGUCGGGUCUGGGGGCGCAUCGCGACCACCCACUGGUGGCACAGACUUCGGCUGACCUUAAACAAUACGGAGCUGCAGCAGCGGGAAAUCUGGUCAAGCUGCUGCAAUGA